CCUCCUUGGCUGCAUUAGAGCAGCUGCAGCCUGGCAGAUUUCAAGCAUGUGUUUAUUUUGCAUCUGUCUUUCAAGCUAUGUCAUGUGGUAUCCAUUACUUAGCAUCUGUAUUCAUGGCUGUUACUCCUAACUUUGUAUGUGGGUUCCCUGGAAAUGUGAGUAGUGUUCUUUUCCACAACUCCUCUGCAUCAAGUAUAGAGGACAUCUGGACACUGUGGACAUCACCAGAAAACUACAUUGUAGUCCAGCUGGAAAAUGGAGAAAUUUGGGAACUCGAUCAGUGCAGCAGAUCCAAACGAGAAGCCAGUUUGGAUCUGGCAUACGAAUACAAAGGCAACAAGUCUGUAUUUCCUUGUUCUGAUGGAUUUCUCUAUGAUGAUACAAAGUGGAAGAGCACUGUUGUUACACAGUGGGACCUGGUCUGUGACCGAGAAUGGCUUGCAAAAUUAAUCCAGCCUACAUUCAUGCUCGGAGUCUUGAUUGGAGCAGUAAUUUUUGGUGACAUUGCUGACAGACUGGGAAGACAGCGUGUUAUAUGGUUCACAAGUGCUGGUCAGUUUGUGUUUGGCGUUGCAGUGGCCUUCACAUUCGACUACUACAGUUUCGUCAUUGUGCGCUUUCUCCUCGCUAUGGUUUCAAGUGGCUAUCUGGUUGUGGCUUUUGUUUAUGUGACUGAAUUUGUUGGCAUUAAAGCACGAACCUGGGCUUCUAUGCAUGUCCAUGCUUUUUUUGCUAUGGGAAUUAUGGUUGUGGCACUCGUGGGAUUUUUGGUUCGGACCUGGUGGGUCUAUCAGAUAUUUCUCUCCAUAGCAACUCUUCCCUUUGUCUUGUGCUGUUGGAUGCUCCCAGAAACACCUUUUUGGCUUCUGUCAGAGGAAAGAUAUGAAGAUGCACAAAAAGUGAUUGAUACAAUGGCAAGAUGGAAUAAAGUCAGCACUCCCUGCAAAGUUUCUGAACUGUGCUCAGUCCAAAAAGAUGAUCUAGCCACUGGCAGAACAGGUGAUGAUGAUACAUCCUCAACAAAGAAGCACAACAUCUUAGACCUGUUUUGUAACUGGCAAAUUGCAAGAAGGACCAUCACAGUCUGGCUGAUCUGGUUCACUGGGAGCUUGGGGUACUACGUCUUCUCCCUCAGUUCUGUCAGUCUAGGAGGCAAUGAAUAUUUAAAUCUCUUUCUCAUAGGUGCUGUGGAGUUGCCUUGCUAUAUCAUUGCUUGCGUUGCGAUGGACAAACUGGGAAGGAGAAACACACUCAUUCCGUUCCUUAUUUUAAGUGCACUGAUCUGUGUUUUAAUUAUGUUCAUACCUCAGGAUUUCAAUAUAUUAAUUAUCUUAGCAAAUAUGGCUGGAAAAUUUUCCAUAGGUGUGGCAUUUGGCCUUAUAUAUCUCUACACAGCAGAACUGUACCCAACAAUUGUAAGAUCACUUGCUGUUGGAACUGGAAGCAUGAUGUGCCGUGUAGGAAGCGUGGUUGCUCCUUUCUGUGUAUAUCUUAGAAGUGUUUGGAUUUUCAUGCCACUUUUGCUUGUUGGAAUCAUGGCUCUUCUGAGUGGAAUAUUAACCAUAAUGCUUCCAGAAACACUGGGAAAACCAUUGACUAAUACUUUGGUGGAAGCUACAGAAAUGGGAAGAAACAAGAAAAGCUGUUCAGAAAAGACUCCUCCAGCACAUAGUGGUGCAGCAUUAGAAAAGAUAGAGAUGUUUGGUCAAGAAAGAGUCAGCACUGACAAAUAAACCAGCAGCAAAAUGGCUGUUCCCAAUUUUAAUCACUAUCUAAUUUAUAAGAUCUCUGUAUUCAAGAAAUGUGACUGUUCUAUAACAUCUGUGCCUUUUACUUUGUAUUCUGUCUUCCCUUUUCAAUAGAGCAAUUGUAUGAAACCUUUUCAAAGUGACUGAGUUACUGCAGAAAUUUUGAGAGGAUUUCUAGAUCUCUUGUCAAACUUACUCAGACCUUAAAACACCUGUCUUGACUUGCUGUGACCAGCUGGAAUUACUCUAAAUGUUGGAACCUACCUGAUUACAUGUAUGUAAAAAAAUAUGCCAGUUCUUUGCUUCACAUUUUCUGCAGUUAGAUUUGUAAACCUACAACAAAGUUCCCUGCCUGGUCUCACCCUGUUGCAGCUGCCAGUUUUAGGCCUGAGACUUCAGAACGCAGUAAACUCUGUCACAAUUCAAGAGAGAAGCCUUAAC